AUGUCGGCGGCCGCCGCGGGGAUCAUCCAGAGGAUGGCCGAGCUGUACGGGACCAACGCGGUCGUGCGCUUGAGCUCGUCUAGCUGCUCGUCGUUUGGCUCCCAAUCCUUUUCUGCACGCGCCAGAGACCCCAUCGCCGCCACCUAUGGCCCCAUCGCCGCCACCUGCGGCCCCGUCGCCAUCGUCUGCGGCCCCAUCGCCGUCACCUGCGGCCCCUUCGCCGCCACUUGCGGCCCCGUCGCCGCCACCUACGGCCCCGUCGCCGCCCCCUGCGGCCCCGUCGCCACCACAUACGGCCAUGCAGCCAUCACCUUCGGCCCCGCCGCCACCUGCGGCCCCGUCUCCGCCACCUGCGGCCCCGUCGCCGUCACGUGCGGCCCCGUCUCCCUCCCCUAG